CCGGCCGCCGCAUUGCCCGUUCAGAUAGCACACACAGAGGAGCUCGCGAUCUUAUCGUUUUUACUUAUAAAUUUUGUAAUUGACACACACUAGACACAGUGCAGUGAUGGCGCCAAUUAACGCGAACGUUGUAAAUGGGAGCAAGGCUUACGUCGCCAAGAAAACAUUACCAGAAGUCGAAACUGAAAACGGAAGUAAUGGACACGGAUACUCAUACGACACGUUGCUCGAAACCGCCAACUUUCUGCUUGAGCGCACGUCCGUGCGCCCGCGCAUCGGCGUCAUAUGCGGCUCAGGGAUGGGUUCGUAUUGGAAAGACGGUUCGCUAGCGGAGAGCAUUACGGAGCCGCAAUGUAUUCCGUACGAGGAUAUUCCCAACUUCCCCGUGAGCACGGUGGAAGGGCACCACGGCAAGUUGGUGUUUGGACACAUCCAGGGUGUCCCAGUAGUGGCCAUGCAGGGACGCUUCCAUUAUUAUGAGGGAUACCCGCUGUGGAAGUGCUGCCUACCAGUGCGAGUAAUGAAACUGAUCGGAGUGAAGACCCUGAUAGCAACCAACGCAGCUGGUGGACUUAACCCUGAGUACAAGAUUGGAGACAUUAUGAUCGUCAAGGAUCACAUUAAUAUGAUGGGCUUUGCUGGCAACAACCCUCUGCACGGACCCAACGACUCGCGUUUCGGACCACGAUUCCCACCUAUGAGCAAAGCGUAUAACUAUGAAUACAGAAAAAUCGCGAAGGAGGUGGCGAAAGAGUUGAACAUGGAGAACAUAACCCGCGAGGGCGUGUACACGUGUCUAGGAGGUCCCAACUUCGAGACCGUGGCUGAACUUAACAUGCUCAAGAUGGUGGGAGUGGACGCUGUCGGCAUGUCCACAGUACACGAGGUUAUAACCGCACGGCACUGUGACGUGAAGGUGUUCGCGCUAUCUCUCAUUACGAACGAAUGCGUCACCAGCUACGACAUGGACGACGAGGCGAACCACGACGAGGUCCUGGACGUAGGGCGCAUGCGCCAAGACAUCUUGCGCAAAUUCGUAUCUACCCUCGUCAAGCGAUUCGAGGAACUCGACAACCCGUGAAUAAUUUUCAUACCGUUACUGGUUUAUUAGGUCGAUAUUCUAUUUAUAUAUGACGUUUGGAAGGAGAAAUUAUAAUAAGAUUGUUAUUUUUAUAUUUAUAGCAGAAUUUAUUUUAAUUAGGUGUAACAUAUACUUAGACAGUUUUGAAUAAGAUUAUUCUCAUUACAAUGUGUGUUUUGUCAAGUUUGUUGUUACUGUCGGUCUUAUGAAUAAACUAAUAAGGUACUGAAAGUAUGUAGACAUAAUAUAAUGUAAUUACAAUAGAAAUUAAUAUAAAAUAUAAUGUUAAUAUAUGAUACAGUGACAUGGUAGUUAAUGAUAGGGACUAAUAGGGACCAAGCUUUAAUUACAAGUACAUAAUAUUGCGCCAGUUUUUGAUAGAAACGUUUUUUUAACUAGGUAAAAAUAUAAUAAGUCAGUUCAUUUGUACAUGUACAAAUACCUAAUGUACGUAAUUAGCGAUACGCCGAUUGUACAGGACAAAAUAAAGAAUAAAUCACUUUUUGUAA